CGUGCUAUGUAUUUAAAUGUUGUUGUUGUUGUUUUCGUUUAAACUUACCAUUAAUACAAAUCCAGCACCGGUUAGUCCGAAGUUUCGACUUCGUACUGGAAUCCAAAACGAGACCGAACGCUGCCGAUUAACAUGGAAGAGUUAGAUAAUAUAAAUUCCAUGAUGGAUUUUGACCAUUACCAGAACAUAGCCAGAGCUGCAUUUGGUGAUAUGCUUUAUGACACUGAUCGAAAUCAAUUGUAUUACAAAGCAUUGAAAAAAGAAAUAACCAGACUGCACAAAGCUAAUAAAGAAGUACAUGUUUUGGACAUAGGAACGGGCACUGGUUUGCUGGCCAUGAUGGCUGCUAAAUGUGGUGCAGAUUCUGUCUAUGCCUGUGAAGAAUUUGAAGAAUCUUUUAAAUGUGCAAAAGAAAUAAUAAGGUUAAACGGUUUUGAAGACAAAAUUGUUGUCAUUCCUAAGAGUUCUCAAAAACUCAAAAUUGGUGUUGAUAUUCCACAUCGUUUGAACUUAUUAGUUACUGAAGUGUUUGAUACAGAGCUAAUAGGCGAAGGAGCUUUAUCAGUGUUCAACCAUGCUCAUAAAGAACUCUUAACAGAUGAUUGUGUUGUAAUACCGUCAGAAGCAAUUGUCUACGCGCAAGUUGUUGAGAGUGAAUUCAUAAGAAAUUUCAAUAGAGUUAAUGAUAUUUAUCACAAAGGUAAAUUAUUUAUGAAAGUUCCAGAAAACGUUAAAAAAUGUCAAGGCAUCGAGAGUGUUUUUGAUUUACAAUUGGGCGAAUUGCCUACAGAAUUAUUCAAAACACUCGUCCCCGCACAAGUGAUGUUUAGGUUUAACUGGAGCGAUAAAAAUGGAGUAGUAACGGAUCGUAAAAAUGCCAUACGUUGUAAGCCAAUUGAAAGCGGUGUUGCUCAUGCUGCGUUUGUAUGGUGGGAUUUGGCUAUGGACAUGGACGGUGAGAUAAUACUAAGCUGUGCACCAAAGUGGCGUUAUACAGACAAUCGAGUAAUUCCGUGGAGAGAUCAUUGGAUACAAGGAGUGUAUUACUUUACAAACGAGGUUCACGUAAAAACCAAUGAGGAAGUCAAUUUAAUUGGUUACCAUGAUGAAUUAUCUUUUUGGUUUGACACAAACAAAUCAAAUGCUCAUGUUGACGUGCCUUUCCCAUAUUGUGAAUGUGAUUUCCAUCGUAUCCUGUGUCGAACCCUUAUAGGACUUAUGAACGAUCAUUCUGUUACUAACAAGUAUCUUACCGUUUUGGAAAAAUAUAUACAACCGAAUAGUGUUUGUUUGUUUGUUGGCAGUCUAUCGUUUUUAGGCCUCUCCGCUGCCCUAUUUGGUGCAAAAAAAGUGUAUUAUUAUGAUGUCAGUGGCCCACAACAUUUCCGUAAAGUCUUAAAAUCAUUCAUUACUGUUAAUGGAUUGGAAAAUCAAAUUGUUCUUUUGACAUCAUACAAAGAAGUAAUAGAAGUAAUUGAAAAGCAAAAAAAUACCAACGAAGAAAUAUCAACUGUGUUUAUGGAACCUUCAAAAUGGAUUCUGCCGGAAUGGAUUGAUAUUGUGCGAUAUGCCUUACAAGUGAACUCAAAUACCUUUGUAUUUCCAAAGGAUGUAACUCUAAAAAUUCAAGCAGUCGAAUUUGAUGAUUUAUGGAAAAUACGAGCUCCGAUAAUGGAAGUCGAAGGAUUUGAAAUAAUACCUUUUAACGAAAUCGUUCAAGAGAGUAUUAAAAUAUCCGAUGGAAUAUUAGAGGAAAAACCACUAUGGGAAUAUCCUAGCAAAGCGUUGUCCGAUGUUAAUGAAUUAUUUACUUUGAAUUUCGAAAAUAUUGCUACUGCUUCAAACUUAAUCCUGAAAAAUACACAAUCAGUUACCAUAAAAAAUGAAGGAAUAUGCCAUGGACUAGUUUGCUGGUUAGACUGGUCCUUGGACAACGAGGAGCAUGUAUCUUUUGGCACUUUUAAUAAUAAAGAAAACACGACAAAGUGGUAUGCAUACGCAAGACAAAGAAUUUACUUUUUGAAUAAUUUCAGAAACGUUAUGAGAGGCGAAGUGAUAAACUGUGAUGCUAUAUUAUGUAAAAAUGGCAAUCUUUUGAUAAGUUUUUGUAAUACUUAUGAUCAUUAAGAGUUUCUAAAAAUCAAAAGAUAUGUGUUAAAACAAAAAUUCCUUAUUAUUGUUACGUAUAUUAUUUUU